CACUCGUAAUGAGGAGGCGCGAUCAUGGCGGACGUGUUGAGUGUUCUUCGCCUGUACAACAUCCAGAAAAAGGAGAUUGUUGCGAAAGGGGAUGAAGUUAUUUUCGGAGAAUUCUCCUGGCCUAAAGAUGUCAAGACUAACUAUGUCAUUUGGGGAACUGGAAAAGAGGGACAGCCUAAAGAGUACUACACUCUUGACUCUAUUCUUUUCCUGCUCAACAAUGUGCAUCUUCCUCACCCGUCCUAUGUGCGGAGAGCUGCAACAGAGAACAUCCCUGUUGUAAGACGACCCGACAGAAAAGACUUGCUGUCCUAUCUCAAUGGAGAAAGCUCAUCAUCAACGAGUAUCGACAGAAGUGCACCCAUUGAGAUUGGUUUACAAAGGCCGACGCAAGUUAAAAGGGCAGCAGAUGAAGUGUCUUCAGAGGCAAAAAAGCCUCGGGUUGAGGAUGAAGAGCGUGUGCGUCUGGAUAAGGAGCGUCUGGCUGCUCGCCUCGAGGCUCAUAAGGAAAGCAUUGUGCAGACAGAUCAGAUCCGGUCUCUGUCAGAAGCCAUGUCUGUGGAGAAGAUUGCUGCUAUCAAGGCCAAAAUCAUGGCCAAGAAGCGUUCUACCAUCAAGACUGACCUGGACGAUGACAUCACCCAGAAACAGAGAAGCUUCGUGGAUGCUGAGGUGGACGUGACCAGAGACAUUGUGAGCCGAGAGAGAGUGUGGCGGACGAGGACGACCAUUUUACAGAGCUCUGGCAAGAAUUUCUCCAAAAAUAUAUUUGCCAUCCUACAAUCAGUGAAGGCGCGGGAGGAAGGUCGAGCCCCUGAACAGAGACAGACCCAGAACCAAACGCAGGUGGAUCCAGCAAUAAGAAAUAAACAGCCAGUCCCAGCUGCCUACAACAGAUACGAUCAGGAGCGAUUCAAAGGAAAAGAAGAAACGGAGGGUUUCAAAAUCGACACUAUGGGAACUUACCAUGGCAUGACACUGAAGUCUGUGACGGAAGGUGCGUCUGCUAGAAAGGCCCAAACACCUGCUCUGCAGCCUGUUCCCAGACCAGUCUCUCAAGCAAGACCCCCGCCUAACCAAAAGAAAGGUACGUCUUUAACAGCAUGGAUGAGGACAGGAAAUAUACUGGAUCGUGUAGUGGCCGUGUUUGUCCAGGGUCCUGCCUGGCAGUUCAAGGGCUGGCCGUGGCUGCUGCCUGAUGGAUCCCCCGUGGAUAUAUUUGCCAAAAUCCGAGCCUUUCACCUGAAGUACGAUGAGGCACGGAUGGACCCAAAUGUACAGAAGUGGGACGUGACUGUGCUGGAGCUGAGCCACCACAAACGACACCUGGACCGGCCUGUCUUCCUCCGCUUCUGGGAAACACUGGACAGGUCGGGAUUGCAACUCCUGUGUCUGUCAAGCAAUGACCUUUCAGUCUACCUUUAGCAUGGCACACACUGGAGAGGAACGGUUCUGACAGCACACUGCUGUAUUUUUGAUAUUUUGGAAUCAGAGAGUGUAUUAUAUAGCGACGCUAAUGGUUGUAGGCAAAGUUCAUGGGU